UCCAGCUCAAAGGAAUCAACCAUGGAUUUCAAGCAUGUGAAAGAAUAUUUUGCCUGGCUCUACUAUCAAUACCAAAUCAUUAGCUGCUGUGCUGUAAUGGAGCCCUGGGAGCAAUCUAUGCUCAACACCAUCUUAUUAACCAUUUUUGCUAUGGUGGUGUACACUGCCUAUGUCUUCAUCCCUAUCCACAUUCGCCUGGCUUGGGAGUUUUUCUCAAAACUAUGUGGAUAUCACAGUACAACUUCUAGUUGA